AUGGCGACACGAUUUCCCGCCGUUGAUCGGCAAACAUAUCAGAAACGAGUUGAUGAGCUCCGCUCACGCGAAAAAUCUCAUACUCGGGAAGGAGAUGCAAUCGCCGCUGCACGGCGCCGUCUUCCUAUGGUCGAGGUAGAUGCCACCACAAUUCUGAUCGGAGAAAAUGGCGAGCUCACACUGCUUGAAGCCUUCGAGGGGCGCACACAACUAUUCGCAUCGUACCAUAUGUGGUAUACUGGCCUAGAAGCAGCUGAUCAGUGCGAAGGCUGUACAUUCAACACCGGCCAAGCGCUUGAGUUGUCAUACCUUCAUUCGCGAGACGUCACUUUUGCAGUCUUCUGCCAGGGCCCGUUUGAAGAAAGCAAUCGUUAUCGCGAGUUCAUGAACUGGAAGAUGCCAUGGUAUUCAGUGCCCAAUAAGUCAUAUAAGCAGCUCGCUAUUGCAAGUCCACACAACUUCGGCAUGAAGGCGUGUUACUUGCGAGAGGGUAAACGCGUAUUUGAGACGUACUGGACCACUGGACGAGGUUGUGAGCCAAUGAGCGGCAGCUACGGCAUGCUUGAUAUGACCAUAUACGGGCGGCAAGAGCUGUGGGAGGAUUCGCCAGAGGGUUGGCCUAAACUAUAUCGAGGAAACAGUGACCAAUUUCGAAGCGAAAACGAGCCGACAAUGAUUACCCGAGCAGGAAUCAAAGGGCGUCCGAGUCCUCAAUGGGCGCGGCUUGCUACUACACCAGCUGGUGACCUUGGCCAUAAUCAUGAUCCUGUGGCUGAACAUUGCUGUCCCUCUGUCGCCGUUACAGGAGUGAGGUUAGGUGCAGACAAGAUACAAACAUGA